CUCAUUCAAAACGCGGCCGGGCUCGGGCACCGGCAGUCCGGUACCCGUGUCCCUGGGCUCUGGGGGGCCGGGCGCUGCCGGCGGGGAUGCCCGGCGGGGCCGCGGCCUGAGGCGGCCGCCCGCCCGCCGCCAUGCCGGUGAAGAACCGGUACAACCUGGUGGACGAUGGCUGCGACUCCCGCGUCCCGCUUCACAACGAGGAGGCCUUCCAGCACGGCAUCCACUUCCAGGCCAAGUACAUUGGUAGCUUGGAUGUACCCAGACCCAACAGCCGCGUGGAGAUUGUGGCAGCCAUGAGAAGGAUUCGGUAUGAGUUCAAAGCCAAGAACAUUAAGAAGAAGAAAGUGAACAUCAUUGUGUCUGUGGAUGGGGUGAAGGUGAUUCUGCGCAAGAAGCAGAAGAGAAAGGAGUGGACCUGGGAUGAGAGUAAGAUGGUGGUGAUGCACGACCCCGUGUACAGGAUCUUCUACGUAUCUCAUGACUCACAAGACCUGAAAAUCUUUAGCUACAUUGCAAGGGACGGCGCAAACAACUCCUUCAGGUGCAAUGUCUUCAAAUCAAAGAAGAAGAGCCAGGCGAUGCGGGUGGUGCGCACGGUGGGACAGGCCUUCGAGGUGUGCCACAAGCUGAGCCUGCAGCACGCCCUGCAGAAUGCCGACGGGCAAGCGGACGGUGCCAGCGACAAGUCAGCCGAGGAGCAGCCACUAGAAGUUCACCAGAUUAAGGGCUCCAAGAUCACGGAUACAGACGAUUCUGAUGGCAUCUGUGUGUCCGAGAGGGGACCUGGAGAGCUGCCCACUGCCAGGGGAGACCUUGGCAUGCUGAAAUCUGGGCAAGCCUCAAAGGAUAAGAACUGCCAGGAUGCCGAGAACUACUCCCUCCACCCAGCCAGCUCCCAGCAGCUGCUCAGCCCAAGCAGCCCCUGCUCCUCAGCCUCUAUCACCCCACUGGCCUCCCAGCACUGCCUCCAGCUGCUCCAGCAGCAGCUCCUCCAGCAGCAGCAGCAGACGCAGGUGGCUGUGGCCCAGGUGCAGCUGCUCAAGGACCAACUAGCCGCCGAAACGGCAGCACGGAUCGAAGCGCAGGCUCGGGUACGGCAGCUCCUGUUGACCAACCGUGAUCUGCUGCAGCACGUUUCCUUGCUGGUGCGGCAGCUGACAGUGCUGGAAGCCCGAGAGCAACACAGGCAACCAGUUGACCGCUCCUUGCAAAACCUGUCCCUGGCUCAGUCCCUCUCCCUGAACCUGAAGAACCACUACAGCUUGGAUGUCCACCUGCCAUCCACCUCCACCCCUGCCAGCAUCCUGGGCAGUCCUGUGGCCCCUGGCUCACUGCCGGCCCUGGGCCCUGGGGACUCCUACCUCAACCUCAUUGGCCUGGAGCGGGGAGGCCAUCACUACAGCAGCAAGGAUGGGGACGAGUGCUUGGCUGUGCUGGAGGGGCAGGAUGGGCUCAGUCGGCGUGUGGAGGGCUCUGAGGUCGGCGAGUUCACUCUGCUCAACGGGAGUGGCCAGCAGAAGGCAGAUGACGCAUACAGAGGGGAUGAGGACAGGCAGCAGCAGCCCAUUCCCAAGCUCAACCCUCCACCACCCAUCCUACGCAAAAGGUCAAGCAAGACAUCCCCAAGCUUGGAAGUAGAGGUGAAGCCUGAGGGUGGUGCCCACUUGAGCUUGCCCAGCUCCAGUGUCUCCAAUCUCACCAGCAUCACUGCCAGCUCACUCACCCUCUUGGACCCUGAGGCAAGGACUCCAGCACCAAGUGCUGCCUCCGGCACAGAGCCCAUCCCUGCCAGGACCUGCCAGCAUACUCUGGGCAAGGACAGGACUGGAGAGAGCAGGCAGAUGUCCCCCUUGGCCAGCAUCCAUAACCCUGCAGCCAGCAAGGCUCUGGCCAAGGACUUGGCUGCCCUGGCCAGCCCCAUGGACAGCACAUUGCCCUUCUCCCCUGCAGAUGACACCUGCUUGCACAUCAGCUUCUCAGAAGAUGAGUUGCUUGAAUCAGAGCUGGACACUGCCAGGGGUCCCAGCAGGAUCCCCCCAUAGUGGGACAGCAGUAGGUGGCAGCUAGCUGGCAGGCCAGGGUUGGGAGUCCUGCCCAGGCUGGGAGGCAGGUCCCUUUGCUGUCCUCAACCCACAGCAGCUCUUUCUGCCAUGUAUGGGGGCUGCCAUGCAAGAUGUGACCUGGGCAGCCUCUGCCCUUGGUCUGCACCAGCUCAUGCUGCCUUCCCACUGCCCUGUCCUCCCAUCUGCAGCUUGUCCCUUGUCACACAGCCACAAGUGCUGCUCCCCAGGAAGCUCUCUCCAUCACUAUGCCUCUUCUGCUGGCUGAGUGGCUGCAGGCAGCCCACACCAGCCCCAGCCUUCCCGCAGCAGAUGGAUGCCAAUGGCACUGCUGAAGGCCAGGGCACUCUGGACAGCAAUGGACUUGGGGAGGUUCCCAUUUAGCCAACAUUCCCCGUGGGAUGCUCCAUGGCAAAAACGUUUCUGGGACUUGAGCAACAGGAGUCCCUGGGCAGAGGCAUGGCUCAGGGUCAGGUUGUGAACAUCCAGACACAAGGCUGCUGUCACUAACCCAGUUCAUCAGCUGCCACCUGUGGUAGCUAUGUGAACAGGACUCUGUGGCCUGGCCAUGGUGCCACUCUCCUGCCUGGCUCCUCAAACUGAAUGCCACAGUGCCACCACACUGCCACAGGCCAGGUCUUUCUAGGGCAGCUUGUGUCCACCAGUGCUGCACUGUGCCCACCCCAGCUUCUGGGGACAGCAGCCCCACCACUGUGUCACUGUAUGGACAAGCCACCACUGCCUCCCUCCACAGGUGCCUUUUCCUACUCCCCAGCACCCACUGCCCACUCAGGCUGGGGCCACUCCCCAGAGGCCAUUAAUUGGAUGCAAGGCUGGCCCUGGGAGCCCACUGCUGUGGUGAGUGACCCCCCAGAGGGAGGGUACAUCCCAUGUCUUGGGGUUGGGGUAGGAAGGCUCUCUUAUGUCUCUCUGAGUGGCAGGCAGGAGAAUGCUCCAAUUGUGCUGAUUUUAGGGCUUUAUGGUAUGGUUUGAGUUUGGUCUCAGAAGUGUGAGGGUCGUGGGAUGAGUUCAGGUUUAAGGAAGAAGCCCAGCCCUGGGCGAAGGGUGAGGCAAGGCCCUGGUGGUGCCAUGUGUCCCCUUUGACCUGCGCAGGUUCUGGGGAGGGACCCAAGGAGAUGCUUGUCCACCUUGGUUGUUCAUGAGAGUAUUGGGAAAGUGUUGGAGGGUUGAGUUGAGGAAGUGUGAAGGGAAAUGGAGACUUGGAGCAGUUGCAUUGCCAGUUCCUGGCACACUGCUUCUCCCAUGGUGGGGGAAGAUGCAAGAUGACAGGACAUGGACUCCAGAGCCAGCCACGAUGCCACAGCUGGCCAGAAGGAGAUGGUGGCAUCACUGCCAGUGAUUGGGCUUGUGGCUUGUAAAGCUAUGGCUGGGCUGUCCCAUAGCGCAGUAGAGACAGACCAGCCCGUCCGUAGGAAUCAAGUACACUGCAGUUUGGUAACUGACUUUUAAAGAAAGAAACAAUAAUAAAGGUGUCUGAUUUGCA